CAUUCAUGGGGUAGUUUUGGAAUGUUUUUAACACCAAUUUAAUUGAUCAAAUUAUUAAUUAUUUUAUUAAUGGCCCAGUAAGUUGUUACUUCCUAAAGAUUGAAAUAAAACUAAUGUUUAUUCCCUAAAACGAGAGGUUUGUUUAUAAGACUCUGGCAACGCUUUACGAAAAAAAAUUUUUUUUUUUUUUUUUAAUUAAAAGCAGAAGUGGCAGAAGUCGCAAAGUUCGAAGGUUCCUAGUCGUAGUAGUCGUAGUUACAAAACCGAGAGUAUCCGAGAAGCUGUCGAUGCCGGCCUUGUAGCAGAGGGCGGGAUGCUUGUGAGUGAACGCGGCGUGCCGAUCCUCGUGCUGGUGGCUGCCUGCGUUGCCGGCGCACAUGGCUUCAUCGAUGGACUCUACUGUGGCCGAGAAAACUGCUACGAAGUGCUGGGAGUUGGGAGAGACACGUCCAAGGUGGGUGCACAUGGAGACGGCGGGCGGGGAGCUAAUGGGUCCCCACGCAGGCCGAGAUGGCUCGAGCCUACAGGCAGCUGGCACGCAAGCACCAUCCCGACAUGCACAAGACACAGGAGGCCAAAUCCAGGGCGACGGAAAGGUUCACCCUCAUAGCAACGGCCUACGAGAUCCUCAAGGACGACGAGUCCCGGAAGGACUACGACGACAUGCUGGACAAUCCAGAGGCCGUCUACCGCCACUACUUCCGGUACUACCGCAAGCGGAUGGCUCCCAGGGUGGACGUGCGCAUAGUCCUGGCCGUCACCAUCACCGUCAUCUCGGUUGUACAGUACUACGGGGCCUGGCACCGGUACCGUACAGCCAUCGACCACCUGGUCACGGUCCCCAAGUACAGGCUCAAGGCGGUGGAGAUUGCCCGGGCGGACGGCUUCUACAACCCCAGCAGAAAGCGAGACCGCAGGCGCAAGGAGGAGCUGAAGGACGAGGAGGAGAGCCUGCUCCGGAAGAUCAUCGAGGAGCAGGUGGACAUCCGGGGCGGCUACAGCAGGCCCAGCUUGCGGCAGGUGCUGUGGGUGCAGCUGGUGCUGCUGCCAGUCACACUGGGCCACCUGGCCUGGUGGCAGGCCCGCUGGUUGUUCAAGUUCACCCUGGGCGGCCAGGAGCUGGGUCCCGUGGAGAAGGAGUACCUGAUCAGGCGCCACAUGGGCCUCUCCCAGGGGCAGUGGGAUGCCCUCGAGGACAGGGAGCGCCAGGGCUUCCUCAGGGACCAGCUCUGGCUCAAGGACAAGUUCAAGGUGUGGAAACAGCGGCAGGAGGAGGAGAUGAGGGCCAAGCUGGCAGAGAGCGCCCGCUACAAGAGCUACCGGCGCUACAUGAAGAACCACGGCCCCGGCCAGAUCAGCUUCGAGGACUGACUCUCCGACCAAUAAAUUAUUUUCACACAUUGGGGAGAGCUGGAGCAGCCACUCUGCACGUCCCUCCCACGCUCCGGGGACUGGAAGCCAGUGUCUGGAAACGUGCGAACGAAGCAAUCAAAAGCUGCCUGCAAAAUGCGGAAUCCCACUUGGCAAUCGACUCUGUUUUUGUCAAUAGUGUGCCAUGCACUGUUCGUGCAUCUGUGGAAAUUUGUGUCGAUGUGCAGGUGCUCACAAGAAUAGCUAUUCAUAUCCAUCGGCGAUAAUUGCUACAGUGGCCU